ACAAGCAUCUGAUGACACUUCGUUCGGGCCAAAAUCUUCUCUGAAGUUAACUGCGAUAGCCUGCGAAGAAUCUGGGGCUACGAAAGCGAACGUGGUACGUAGGAAGUGUGACAUAGUUAAGGCGUGUACGCGCUGCAGUAAAUAGGCGAAAAUGGACGAAAAUGGGCGAAAAUGGACAUGCAUUCGUGUUCAGAAGAAUCAAAGCUCAAAUGCCGAAGACUAACACCAAAUCUGCAUUUAGCUUGAACGCUUGCGGUCAUCUUAAUCGAGCAUUCUGGCAGCUUUUUGGCUCGGAACAUGAGAGACAGUCCUCAGGUCAAGUGGCUUAAGUGACUGAAAAUUGCAUGCUCGAGUGGGCGAGUGCGUUGCAUGCUAUUUACUAGGAUUGCAAUUGAUCUGUGAUAUAAACCACUGACUUUUGAAAUAGGGCAUGCAGAAGAGGAUUAUAGAUAUGAGUUUGGAGCGCAGGUAGGGAGUGUGAGUGACCUGACGAGUUUGUUGGAUUGGAUUCUACUCGACUUCACUUAUCUGCGAACAUCGGGUUUCAUGUCUUCGCAGUCGUCGUGCGGACGAAGCUAACGAAGAAGGAUGCGUACUUAUUACUUGAGAAUUUUCUAAGGUGCUGAUAAAUUUCGACUUUGCAGCAAGAUGGCUGCAGGGCAGGCUCCGUUUCUCACGAGGCCUGCUACAUCUUCGUUCACCAGCUAUCCUCCUUCUCGAUUUUGCCCCUCUACGUCAUCUGAGAAUCUUGUGAAGCGAGUGAGGCUACCUGUUGUCCGUUCGCCGUGUGCUGCUCUGGCUGUGUCACCUGCGAUUGUGAAGGAGGAAUUCGCGCUCAGUGUUCCACACAUUCAGGAUUCAUUGGCAUGGAGUCUUCAGAAAUUGGAGAUUGGGGAAGACAAAAACUCCCUAGAUGAUUCAGACUCUUCUAGAUCGAAACCAGAAUCUAGGAGCCCAUGGGAUCUCUUGAGAAAUGAAGCCGGUAGCCAGGCGGAUGUCACUUCAAAGCUUCCAUGGAUGGACCCUUCCUUGCGGUAUGCGAAUGUGAUGUGGUUCAAAGGCGCAUACAACGCCCAAAUUUUUGUCUCUCCAAACGAGUCCGAGGAAUCCAUUGUUCGGAGAUUUCGCCAUGCUGUAGCGGAGGCCGGUGUGCUGAGGGAGUGCUAUCGGCGCCGGUACCGUGAGACGCCUCAGGAUGUAAUAAAGAGAAAGCAGAAACAGGCGGCUCUUAAUCGAAAGAGGAGGCCGCGGUACGACAACAAUUCUGCAAACACUUGGAAACUUCAGAAAGAACCAUCCGGUUGUGGUAAGAAGACCAAGAAGAAGAAAGAUUAUAGGUCACGAUCAGGAUCAGAGACAGGAAAGAAGACUACUGCUGAAAAGGACGCCCAUGAUAGCGAUGACGACGAUUUUUGGGGCUACACGGAGGAAGCUGACCAAUGGUAGUGAGUGACUUGUGGAUAUCUACAAUUGAUUUUUAUACAUGGGAUCCAUACUUAAUAGAUGAUCAUUUUAUUUACAGCAAAAGCGUUUAGCAUUAGAUCUUAGUGAGGAUUGUGCCACUAAUACUUAAGGGUCUUCAGACGUUAGACAAAUUUGCAUCUGUCUCUGAGGUGGCAAUGAGGAAGCCAUAGAGCCUGGGAAAUGUGCCUCCCAAUUUUCUGUAUGGCUUUCGUAGAGUAGCAUAGCCCAUGUCAUUUGUAUCAGACCCAAACAAACGGCCAACAUCCCAAGUCUCCCUGCCCGCCUGGACCUUCCGGGAACAGCUAUUUGUAAGGUAAGUCUUGCACCAUCCUGACUGAACUAAUGAGAAUGUUCUGUUUGUGAGGACAGCUAGGAUCUGUCAUCUCAGAUCGUGUGGAUAAUUC